AUGCGUUUCACCACCAUUACUAUGUCUUUCCUCGUCGCCCUUCCAAGUGCUCUAGCCGCUAGUAUUCCUGCUCCGCACACCUUCAACACCCCUGUCCUCGACAAACGUGACCGCGCAUGUAGUUAUGUGGAUGACUGCAGGACCAACUGUGCCGCCUUUGGGGGCACCCCCGGCAGUCAAUUGGCUCAGGGCCUUUGCCUUGCUACGUGCGGUGAUUCAUGUGGGUGUGGCCCGACUGAGGUUUGCAACAAUAAGGAAGCUCUCGAAAACAUUUGCAAGAGCUUCAAGGAGAGUGACGUUCCCGAAGAACAGGUUGCGGUACCACUCUUUUGCUAUCUCGCGGGCCAGGAGUAG